AUACCUACAUCGUCUGCUACGGUUGAAAGAUACAAUUUCGACAGAUUAAACUUUAAUCGCUUUGAAGUAGAAUAUAUUAGAAAAGAAGCCAAUAAAGGUUGGAUAUAAGUAAUUAACAUCGUUAUUUAAUACAAUAUACAAAAGUAUCGUUUUAUAAUUAAUAAUGUCAUUUUUCGACAUGAAAGGAUAAAUUAGUUCGUCUAAGCACUGUAUUUUAAGAAAUUUCUCAUAUAGAUAGUACGCAAAUCAAGUCAAGAUAAAUCGUUAGAAGAGCUAAAGACUUUUCUCUCAAAUAGUGAUAAUUAAUUAAGAACAAACGAUGCGCACCUGAUUUAUUUGUUUCCAUGGAAACUAGUUGAAUCGAUUAUCAAAAGAAAAAAAAAGUUUCAUGUGGUUGUCAUUUGGCUUUUUAGAUUUCUCAAGCUUUCAUCCUCGUUUGAGAGCAAAGAUUUUUCAUUGGAAAGAGUACCUAAAGUAACUUCAAUCAGUAGUCGUUUAUUCGAUCUGCAGCAACAUUUUCCUUUAUCAUUGUUUUACAUAAUUUCGCUACUCUGCUCAAUAGCUAAAUAUGCCGGGAGCUCCUGGCCAACCCCCAACUCCAACUCUUCAUCCAAGAACCAGACCAGAAGCGAACGAAUGGGCUCUUAAAAUGAGGAAAACAAAUGACUGGUUUAGACACGAUGGAGGAAAUGUAGAAGAAAGAAAAAGAUUACCUAGAAAAUUACAAAGCGAAAAAGCUCACGAAAUUGCGGAUAAAGCCAGAGGUAUGGCUGAUGAAUGGUUUACUCACAAUGCAAAUGGCUCAGCGGUAAAACCAAGAAAAUCUCGAUGUCCCAGUGCCGAAUCUUUAAGAAAUUCGAAAAUGAACGGUGAAUCGUCCAAGUGGUUUAAAUUUGAUGAAAACAAAAAUUAUCAUACACCUAGGGCAAAACAUCGUUUAACCGAAUCGUCAGCGUUUGAAAUUAAAGAAAAAGCUAAAGGUCAGAGUGAUCAAUGGUACAAACACGAACAUAAGAAUCCUGAAGAAGUUUUUACUAAGCAUCGAAGUCCUUCGAAGGCUUGUAAAGAUAACUUGGAUAAGAUGAGGGCUAGUUCAGAUUGGUAUGUACACGGAGAUAAAGUUAAUCAAGUCGUUCAUUACGAAAAACAUAGACUUACUGAUGUAAACGCUGAAGAUUAUCUUCAAAGAAACAAGCAUGGAUCUGUGUCCCAAUGGUUUACUCAUGAUCACGACGAUGACAUCGAUGAACAACCAUACAACUCAUCUUUCAGUAAAGGAAACAUAGAUUCGGAAGAUUGGUUUAAUCACGAAAACGCACCUAAAUCUAUACCGAAGUCUAAAAGACAAGUCUCGGAAAUGGAUAGCGUUCUAAAACAAGAUGGUAAAAGUGAUCCUUUUUACAAAGAGUAUGUCUCUAGAGUAAAACCGGAAGCUAGAGAAUGGGCAGAGAGAAACGUCAAAGGCUUAAUGGAGAAAUUGAUUGUGCAUGACCCGGAAGCCAAUCCAGCACCUCCAGCAGCAGCUAGAGUUGUAAAGCCAGAAGCUAAAAAAACAUAUGAGAUGAGCAAAGGUGUUAUGAGUAGUUUGUUGGAAGGACACCCGUCUCAGGCCAUUAAAAAGAAUAACGUAGGAAGAAGUGUCAAACCAGAAGCUGCAGAUACGGCGGAGAAACACGCCGGUGGAGGCAUGAGAAAGGUAUUUGCUAAUAGACCUGCAACACCCGGUAGAAAUGGUGGAGCAGCAAGAGCAAUUCCACCAGAAGCUCGUGAUUGGGCCGAGAGAAACAAAGGGACUGUAGGGCAGGUUCUUAAUCAAAGCACCGACUUCACACUAGCAGGAAAGCCAGCUCCAAAGUUAGCUUCUAAUAGUGGAAGACAAAUUGCUAUGAAACAUAGAGGAACAGCUGGUCCUCUAAUAUUUAGUCAACCCGUAUCAGUACAAUGA